AUGUCAGCCCCAGAUGAAGAGGAUCUCAUCCACACCUUCAAUGGAAUUGCCUUUACCACAAGAUCGUCCCCAGAGCUUUUAAGAUCUCUGGCUACUUUUGAGGCUAGAAACGACGACGUCCUCUUGGUGUCCUAUCCAAAGUCUGGCACCCACUGGCUUGCUGAAAUCAUCCUGCAUCUUUAUGCUUCCAAAGUGGCUAUAACUUCUCCGAUUGAAUUUGGAGAUCUUUCCAAACUGGAGCAACUGGACCACCUUUCCUGCAAGAGGAUCAUCCCAACUCACUUGGAUUGCAACAUGUUGCCACCCACUUUCAAGCUCAAACAAUGCAAGGCUAUCUACAUUCUCAGAAAUCCGAAAGACAUUGCCGUUUCCAUGUAUCAUUAUUACAGAGAGAAUCCAAACCUCCCCACCAUAGACAGCUGGCUUGAAUUCCUGGAGAUGUUCCUAAAAGGAGAUGUUGUCUGCGGAUCCUGGUUUGAUCAUGUUUUAAGCUGGGAGGAAAACACCACCGACAAAAACACCCUGUUCUUGUUCUACGAAGACAUGAAAAAGGAUCUUCCGAAAGUGGUGAAGAAAGUAAGCACCUUUCUAGGGGUCAACGCCAGCGAGAGCGGAAUUAAUGAAAUCUGCGCCAAAUCCUCAUUCAGCGAGAUGAAAACCAACACGGAGAAGGAAAACUACAACCCUAACCAGACGGUCUGCGCGCUCACGUCCAACCGGAGGUUGAUAUUCCGCAAAGGUGCUGUCGGUGACUGGAAAAACCACUUCACUCCCAAACAGAACCGGAUGUUUGAAGAGACGUUUGCAAAGAAAAUGAAAUCCAGCAAAGUGGCAGAACAUAUCGUUUAUGAAUUCUGA